AAUAAAAAGGUUUUCUCAAAAAAUUGGACGAAAACCGCCUUAAAAUUGACUUUGACCUCAUCCACGUGGCACAUGGCGUCCUCAAUCCAGGGUGCAGCUAUGUUUCCGUACAUUCGACCGUUACAAUCUUCCCCCAGUUUACCGGUUCGCCCGACAUCUCUUCCCCGCCAUUUUUGGCCUUCACAUCCCCAAACGACAAUGGAACUGCAGAAAACUGCAAAUUAGGCUUCAUAGAGAUCGAAGGGGGAUCGAAAUCAGGGUUUGCAGAGAGGCGAAUCGUAUCGCGAUCUGCAAACCCAAAAUUAGGUUUUAAUUAAUCGAUCCCAUUUCCUAAUUAGGUUUCCGAUGGGCAAAUCCAGAUCCGCAGGCGCAUUGUCUCCUGUAGAUGACUUCCGCCGCUCUUCCUGCCUUCCUGUAGAUUUCGCGUGCUAUAAAUCCAGGCGUCGGUCCGCUAAACGCCAACAAGUCAGGCUCGGGGGCGCAGGAGAAGGACAGCGUCGGUGCGGGAAGAUGGUUCGGGCGAUGAAGAGAUUGCGGGAGUGGUCGAAAUCGGUUGCCGGUCCAAAGUGGAAGACGUUUAUCCGGCGGUUCGGCCGGACCGGCGGCAGGGACAAGGCGUCGAGAUUCCAGUACGACGCAAUGAGUUAUGCCCGGAACUUUGACGACGGCGCCGGCGACUCCGAUCCUGACGAAAUGUUCCGGGACUACGCAACUCGCUACGCGCCGGCUCAUUGAUUCGCUGAUGGCGCGUGGACGCUCGGAUUAACCUCGGGUGGGAUCGAACGGCGUAGAAUGAUCAAGUUACGAUUACUUGAUUUAUGGUAAUACGGUUUUUGUUUUUCCUUUUUGCAUAAAAGUCAAAAGGAUUUGUUAUUUGUAUUUUGUAAUUUUUCUUUAAAAUAUAUUAAUAUUG